UGCUAUUUCCUUCCUACAUUCUUCAUCAAUAUCGUUUCUUACUCUCUUUAAUAAAUUCUUCAUCAAUCCAUCCUUUCUUCUGCUUGGAAUUCCAUUCAAGUUCGGCGAAUUACUCUCUGCAAUGGAACCGAAAACGUCUCUUCAAUCCUCCGAAGAUGGAGCUUCUCGAAAGAAAUCGAAGAAAGGAGUUCGUGCCGGUGUGUUUACAUUAGCUUAUCAGAGUCUUGGAGUAGUUUAUGGUGAUCUCAGUACAUCUCCACUUUAUGUAUACAAGACCACUUUCUCUGGCAAGCUGAGCCUCCAUGAGGACGAUGAGGAGAUCUAUGGAGUGCUUUCUUUCAUUUUUUGGACUUUCACUCUCAUUGCUCUUUUCAAAUACAUACUCAUUGUUAUGUCAGCUGAUGAUAAUGGUGAAGGUGGAACUUUUGCAUUAUACUCUCUGCUGUCUCGACAUGCAAGGCUAAGCAUACUGCCUAAUCAACAAGAUACAGAUGAGACAUUAUCCUCGUAUGGUCAAGAAACGUCGCCGGAUACUUGGGAGAGCACUUUUCUUAAGUCUUUCUUUGAGAGGCAUCCAAAGUUUUGCAAGGGGCUUCUGAUAUUUGUUUUGUUAGGAACGUCUAUGACAAUUACAGAUGGCAUGCUAACUCCUGCUAUAUCUGUUCUUUCAGCUGUUUCAGGUGUUAAGAUCAAAUUCUCAGGGCUUCAUGACAAUUAUGUUGUUGUUAUCUCAUGCAUCAUAUUAGUGGGGCUUUUCUCGCUUCAGCAUUACGGAACCCACCGAGUUGCAUUCUUGUUUGCUCCUGUUGUCACAGCAUGGCUUGUUUGUCUGAGCUCUAUUGGCAUUUAUAACAUUAUUAAAUGGAACACACAGAUUUUCCAAGCACUUUCUCCUAUCUACAUGUUCAAAUUCCUUAGGACAACAGGAAUUGAAGGUUGGGUAUCAUUGGGAGGAGUUAUUCUCUCAAUCACAGGUGUCGAAGCAAUGUUUGCCAACUUGGGUCAUUUCUCUACCUUGUCUAUAAAGAUAGCUUUCACAUUUCUAGUAUAUCCGUGUCUUAUUCUUGCAUACUUGGGUGAGGCGGCAUACCUGUCUAGACACCAUGAAGAUAUUCAGAGUAGUUUCUACAAAGCCAUCCCAGAACCGGUUUUCUGGCCAGUGUUCAUCGUGGCCACUAUGGCUGCUGUCAUAGGAAGUCAGGCUGCAAUAUCUGCUACCUUCUCCAUCAUAAGCCAGUGCAGUGCAUUAAGUUGUUUUCCCCGUGUAAAGAUCAUUCACACCUCAAGUAAAAUAUGCGGGCAGAUAUACAUUCCAGACAUCAAUUGGAUGCUUAUGCUUCUAUGCUUGGCUGUUACUAUCGGUCUGGGAGACACAAAUAUGAUAGGACAUGCAUACGGUGUGGCUGUGGCAUGGGUAAUGUUGGUGACUACAUGCCUAAUGGCAAUGGUGAUGUUAAUCGUGUGGAAGAAAAAUCUCUUCUUGGUGCUUGCAUUUCUGCUAUUCUUCGGAACAGUUGAACUUCUUUACCUCUCAGCAACCUCAUACAAAAUCCCAGAAGGGGGCUGGGUACCACUGAUAAUGUCAUCAAUCUUCAUGGCAAUUAUGUUUUUAUGGAACUACGGCACAUUAAAAAAGUACCAAUUCGACAUGGAGAACAAGGUAUCAAUGAGUAGGAUACUCCUGUUGGGGCCGAGCCUAGGCAUGGUUCGUGUGCCAGGAAUCGGGCUGGUUUACACUAAUCUGGUGAGUGGCAUCCCAUCAGUUUUCGGACAUUUUGUGACAAACCUACCUGCUUUUCACCAAGUGGAAGUUUUUGUAUGCGUAAAAUCAAUUCCGGUUCCUUAUGUUAGCGAGAAGGAAAGAUUUCUGAUAAGCAGAGUUGGGCCAGAAGAGUAUGCCAUGUUCAGAUCAAUAGUUAGAUAUGGUUACAGGGACAUGCUACAAGAGAAUUAUGAUUUUGAAAACCGAUUAGUUUCAGCAAUCAUACAAUUUGUGGAAAGAGAAGGACAAGAACAAAGUGUUGAACCAUAUGAUGGAGAUUCUGGUAACAUAACCCUAAGCUACCCGCAUCACGAAGAGACGACGGUUCGGUCGAUAAUUGACUUCCAAGUAAUGGUAAUGGGCGAGAAUGAUUCGUUGGAAGGAGGGUGUGUACUGAAAGAGGAGUCUAGAAAGAUUGUUAGAGCUAAAGAGAGCGGGAUUGCUCAUAUUAUUGGACAUAGUCAUGCGCAGGCAAAACAAUCGUCGUCGAUGUUGAAGAGGUUCGCCAUUGAUGUGGUGUAUGCGUUCUUGACAAAGAACUGCAGAGGACCUGACGUGGGAUUACAUGUUCCUCAUAGUUCUUUGCUUGAAGUAGGUAUGGUUUAUCAUGUCUAAUUUUAUACCAACAAACCAACAAACAAAACAAAAGUAGAUGUAGAUUAUAGAGAUUUAGGAGAGAGGGAGAGUGAGCAUAC